AGCUCAUGUGAAAGUCGACUCUUCUAUAGUAAACUGCCCACAAAAAAUGGCUUAUUUCAAUUUAAUGUCCCUUGUUACGUUGCUCAGCAGUACUCUCCCAAGGUUUUCAACUGAUGAAGCCAUUCAUAUAAACUCCCGCUCUGUCAGAGAACUGCUUAUCUCCUCAUAUCAAGACGCAGCCUCACUCCACACUAGAAAACGACAAAGGUCACCCUUGUCUUCCACGCAUGUGUUUACUUUCCUUCGACAACCUGACCCUGAGACACUGGAGAUUUCCCGAGCUGCAGAGGUUUUUCAAACAACUCUGCAAGUCCUGAAGAACAGAGUGAGACAGAAAUAUAAAAGGGAUGUCACGGCAACAGAGUUGCUUUCCUGGGAGGACGUGGAGCUGAUUGCAGAGCUUUCUCAGUGUCCUCCUCCAACACAUCCAGCCAUCUGUCUGCAAAGUCAUCUCAACAAGUACCGCGCUAUAUCUGGCCUCUGCAACAACAGGCAAAAUCCUCUCUGGGGAGCAGCCAACACUCCCUUGGUCAGGUGGCUUCCAGCUGAAUACGAAGACGGAGGGAGAGAACCCAAGGGUUGGAACCGAGAACGGCUCCAUAAUGGAUUCCAACUUCCUUCGACAGGUGAUGCUAUCACUGGUGCACAAGGCUGCAUGCCUUUUCAUCGCUCCAGACCAGCCUGCAUAGUCAAUUUUGGAUCAAAUAUAAGUCAAGCUCUGCAGCAACAACAGAUAAAUGCCAUCACAUCAUUCAUCGAUGCUUCACUUGUGUAUGGCGAAACUCCAAGGCGGGCUGGCUUCCUCCGUGACCUCUCUGGCCUCAAUGGGAAACUUGCUGUCAACGAUCAAUUCAGAGAUCCCAAAGGAAGACCCUACCUUCCAUUCGUAGCCUCUUUGCCAUCAGCCUGCAAUCAGAACCCGCACGGGGAGAGAGUGGAUUGUUUCAAUGCUGGAGACACUCGCUGUAAUGAGGAUCUUCCCCUGAUCGUUCUGCAUACAUUGUGGCUUAGGGAACACAAUCGCAUUGCAGAGGCGCUGAAACACAUUAAUGGUCACUGGAACUCAGAGACUAUUUACCAAGAAACUCGCAAAAUUAUUGGAGCUCUGCAUCAGAUCAUAACCAUGCGGGAUUAUGUUCCAAAAAUCAUUGGCAAGGAGGCUUUUGAACAUUACAUUGGACCCUAUGGUGGAUAUGAUCCAACUACAGACCCCUCAGCCGCCAAUGUGUUUGCCACCGCUGCAUUCAGGUUCGGCCACGCUACCAUCUCUCCGAUCCUCAGCAGACUGAACGAGAGCUUUCAGAAGCAUGAGCACUUCCCCCACUUGAGAUUGGACGACACUUUGUUCAGUCCAUGGAGAAUAGUCAAAGAAGGUGGAAUUGAACCAACUCUGAGAGGCUCAAUUGGAACUGCUGCAUCAGCUGUCAGCGCAAACAUGCUGAUGACAGAGGAGUUAACAGAGAGGCUGUUACUCUUGAACGUGUCACAGCACAUGGACCUGGCUUCGUUGAACCUGCAGAGAGGACGUGAUCACGCUCUCCCAGGAUACAAUGACUGGAGAUCAUUCUGUGGACUGAAGCGCAUCAAGACACUGGAUGGUUUCAAAGAGGUUGUAACAGACAACAGGGUUGCUGAGAAGAUAGCACAAAUAUACAAACAUCUUGACAAUAUUGAUGUAUGGCUUGGAGGGCUUGUUGAGAACAUGUUGCCAGGCUCAAGAACCGGUCCCCUCUUUGCUUGCCUGAUUGGAAAGCAAAUGAAAGCACUUCGUGAUGGCGAUAGGUUUUGGUGGGAGGCUGAAGGAAUAUUCAGCCAGCAACAGAAGGCUGAGCUUAUUAAAGGUUCUUUGUCUCGCAUCAUCUGUGACAACAGCGACAUAAGGGAAGUUCCUCCUGAUUCUUUCAGGUUUGGGAAUUACCCCUACGAUUACAUCUCUUGUGAUCAAAUGCCAUCAAUUCAUUUGGAAGCUUGGAGAGAGGAGAAGAGUCAAGACUUAGAACAGUGUGGUACUCCAAGAAAGAUAAAGAAUGGGGAUUUUAUUUUGUCCUCUGCAUAUGCCAAACUGGUCGCUUUGUACUUCUGUUACCAUGGUUUCAAGUUAAAGGGUGCUGCUGCAAUAGUUUGUGAGGGAUAUCGGUGGAGUGAUCCACCCCCACAAUGUGAAGGGAAUCAUCACUAAGUUGUUGAGAAUGCAGCAGCUCAAGAAAUGCUUCAAGUUAUAUAACCAAAAGAAACCUCAGGAAAACAUUGCUAUCCUUGCUCUCUUUUU